AUGCCUCAUACCAGGGAAAUUAAAUUAGGGGACGUAUGGCGUACUUGCAACAAAAUAAGAGCUGCAGUUUUUCGUAUGGGCAUAAAUUUAUUCGAAUAUUUUCAACCACUAGACCCUCACAAAAACAGUUUGAUUUCAGAAUCACAAUUUAUUUCUGUCAUAAAUGGACAAUUAAGAGCCACAAUUGGUUUAUCGGAACAAGAAGUUGCUGAACUAGCUGAUUAUUUUCGGGUUCCAGAUGGAAGGAUAUAUUAUACCCAGUUAUGCGAAGUUAUACACAAUAGUGUACCGCAAUUUAGUAGCAACGCCCCUCUGGUAACAGGAUUAGAAUGGGAAAAUCCAUUGCACACAAAUCGAUUGAGUAUAAGCGAAGAAAGACGUCUAAGCGUUUUGUUAACCAAAAUUGCUUCACUGGUUAACUUGAAAAAGAUAAUUUUCAGACCAUAUUUUCAAGAUUACGAAUUAGUAUCUAAAAAUAAUGGUACCGUGACCAUUGCUCAUUUCGCCAGGAUUUUAGCUUACUUAGAAAUACUCCUUUCCGCCGACGAUUUCAAUCUUUUAGUCAAGAAAUAUAUGAAAGAUUGUUACACCGUCAAUUACUAUGCUUUUAUAUCAUCGAUUAAUGAAAUUGUUAAUUAUUUAAACGCGCACGGUAUUUUAGAUAUUUGCGGGGAUGUGAUGAGUCUCUUUCCAGGAAGGGUGAUUAACGCCGAAUUACCAAAAUUACCACGGCCGGAAAUAGGUAAAAUUAUGGCUGCAAGAAUUUUUGGUAAACAGAAUAUAUUUCAUCCAGUAUUGAACGAUCCCAAAAAAAUUGAACACAUCUUAACCACGAUGUCCAAUUUACAAGAUCACGUUCUGAAAAACCGGUUGAGAGUCUGCGAAUUUUUUAAGGAUUUUGAUCCAUUAAACUGCGGUAGAAUAACAAAUUCCCAAUUCCAUCGAGGUUUGGACGCUUUGGUAUUAGCUGGUAAACAGAGAUUUUUUUUGUCACUUCCCGAUGUAGAAGCAGUAACUAAUCAAUAUCGAGAUCCAUGCGAUCCGAAUAGAGUGUGCUGGAAAACUUUUGAAGACGACAUCGACCACGUUUUCACGGUUAAAGGUUUGGAAAAAAUGCCUUCGUUAGUAGUUGAUCCGCCUCCGCAAGCUGUUCGUGAUUUACCAAGAUUAGGUGGCAAGAAUUGGCAAUCAGUUAAUACAAGAAGUAGAGACUUAUGUGAAGACGCAGUUGAUAAAGUUAAACAAAAAAUCGUACACAGACGAAUAUUGUUAAAACCAGUUUUCAGAGAUUUCGAUAAGCAUAACAACGGUCACGUGAGUAGAUCUCAAAUGAGACAAGCACUCCAUUCGAAUGGUAUCCUUUUGUCCGACGACGAAUUAUUCGCUUUGGAAGAGCGAUAUCGUAACGACAUGGGAUUCAAUUAUUUCUGGUUUUUGAAAGAUGUAGAAUCUCGACCUGUUGAACCUCUGUAUAUUAAAUUCCUAGAAGACCGAAAUAAAGUAAAUGCCGAGCAUCCGAAGAAGAAACCAACGAGACAAGAAAAGGAUAUUGUCUUAAUCAUGGCGAAGAUUAAAGGAAAAGUGGUGAGAGAACGAAUAAGAGUUAUGGAGUUUCUUCGAGACUUCGAUCGUUCGAAUUCUUUAGUUAUCAGUAGAGAAGAUUUCCGAAGAGGUUUGUCGGUGUGUCGUUUCGAAUUGACUGAAAACGAAGUUGAAACUUUGAUGGACGUAUUUGCUUCUCCGACGAGGAAGGGCUGCGUCGAUUAUAAACGUUUUUCUGAUACCGUCGAAGAAUCUUUUACGCAACAAUGCUUAGAAAGGGCUCCUCUAAUCGUACCCAUCCAACACGUACCCACCAGAGAUUGCGAAAAGAAUUUCCUCAACUUCGACGAAAGGAUCAAAGUAUCCGUGGCUCUACAGAAAUUGGCCAAAAAACCCGAUCUACAAAUGAAUUUGUCUUCUGUGUUGUCGGACUUUGAUAAAUCCAAUUGCGGAACUGUAUCACAAACGGCGUUCUUAAAAGCACUCACCCUUAGAGGAAUGGAUAGAUUGAUAUCCAGAAACGAGUUCGACACUAUUUGCAAAUGCUUCACUUUCGAGAGAGGUAUGAGAGAUGAAGUCGAUUACAGAGCGUUUAUGAAAGCUUUAGAUAUCAUAUAUGCCACCGAAAAGUAUAACCCGUUCUAA